UUCCAUAUUCACUCUAGCAGUACAGGUAGAGAAAAAGUCAACGAAUUAAUUGGACUAAGUGCUCUUUAUGGAGAAAAAGAAAGUAAUUGUAGAGUGAAGCACCUAUUAUUUGUAAAAGCCAGAAAGCCUUAGGAAAAAGAGACUGAGUCGGGCCUCGACAUCGUGCAAUUUACUAUUUCAAGAUGGCGGCGGAUUCAAGAGAAUGUAGUUCUAAAAUAGAGUCAAAAUUAAAUCCGUUUUCGGACAUGAAGCUUGCUUCUUUUGAGGCCCUAAAUAAUGUUGAAAGAAGAGCGUGUGCAAAGUGCAAGUCUUCGAGGAAAUACUAUUGCUACAAAUGUUAUGUUGUGGUUGGGAUCGAUCGAUCUUUGAUCCCUGUUGUCAAACUACCACUUCAGGUGCACAUAGUAAAACACCAGCUGGAAGUAGAUGGUAAAAGUACUUCAUCUCAUGCUGCAAUCAUGGCUGCUGAAAAUGUUGUUAUCCAUGAUUUUCCUGAUGUACCAGAAUUUAAAUCAAAAGAAAAGGUUGUUCUUGUGUACCCCUGUGAGACUGCCUUGACACUCAGUCAGCUUGGAAAACAAUCAAAUUGUGAAACAGAAAAUAUCAAUCAAAACAUUGAAGAAGUUGUCUUUAUUGACAGCACCUGGCAACAGGCUCACAAGAUAAUAACAGACAAAAGAUUAGAAAAUAUACAAAGAAUUAAGAUAGAAGAUGCAAAAACAUAUUUUUGGAGAACUCAACGUAAACCAAAUACAUGUCUAGCAACAAUAGAGGCAGUUUAUUAUUUCUUCAAGGAAUAUGACAAGUACAUCUUAGAAAGAGAAUAUGAUGGACGAUAUGACAAUUUGCUGUACCUUUUUGCUUUUCAAUAUCAACGAGUCCAACAAGAACAACGAAAAAGUAAGAGACGGAAAACAUCUUCCAUGACUGACAAGCAGGCUUGUUGUCAGAAAUCAAGAAAGCAAGUGUUGUUUCAAACGUUACUUCUAAAGUGUUUCUUUCAAAAUAUUUGUAAAUUCUAUCUUCAUACAAUAUAAUAUAUAUAUUUUUUCCAUUUGAUAGGCUGGAGUGAGUGGGAAACAUCUGCCAGCAUUUCUGUUGGUYAUUCGAUGAUUUUUUCCUUGAGACGCUUUCAGUGCUGUAAAAUCCUGCCUCAGCCUGUAAGGCAAAGAACUGAGUAGAAUAUUAUUUUUAAAACCACCGAGUUCGAUUGUGCAUGGCUUUUUCAUUCUCUUUUAUUAUUUUAUUACACAAGAAAAGCUAUUCUAUUCCUGAACCAAAGCAUUUCAAAGUUCAAACUCUAAACAUAAGACCCAUUACCUUUUCGGAAACAUAUGUCCUUGUCACACAACGGGUUGCAGUAAAACUCAAGCUCCACCAGGAGAACUGAAGUGGGAUUCUAUUUCUUUACUUAGCAAUCCAUAUUGAUCUGGACUCGCUGUCCAUGACCUCAUGUUACUGUACCUAUAUACCUGUUCCCUAUUGUUCCGUAUCUGGAUGAGCUAGGCAGACCAAGGGGAAGAUGCAAAUAAUUGCUACAAAGUAAUAUGAUAUAUAAAUCUUUAUUUAACUGUGUAACGAAUGAAAUUAAAGUUAUUAACAAUUU